GACACAAUUGCAUCUGACACCGGCCACAUGUUUAAAACAAAUCUGUCUGAUCGUGUAUAUUAUACACGAUAACUCAAAACUUGGAGCCCAAUUUCAUAGAGCUGCGUGUUAGUUCAGAAAAUCUUGCUUGAUAAAAUCUCUGCCGCAGAAACGAUUAGGAUACCAGUCACAAAUCAUGGUAACAUGGUAAUUUGGCUAGUAACCUUAUAAUUAUUCUGGUAAGCAUAAUGUUGUUGUGCUAAGCUGCUUUUGUGGUAAGCAGCUCUAUAAAUUUGGGCCCAGGUAAAACAAAUACUGUUCUAUUCCAAGUGCGACGCACGUCUUUGUGGUAAUUUUCGAAACAAUGACGUCAUCGGGCUGCCUAAUAAUUGGAGGCAACACGCUGAUCAAUGCAAACUCACAGCUGUGGCACUCUUCGAAAUCACGGCGUCGGGCUAAGAUUCCAACAGUGGGCUCCAUCAACAAUUUUGAAAACGUAUGGUUUUUGCAGGGGACUUCAGACAGGCGAGCAAAAGACCCAACUUAAGAUGCCUUGCCAUUUGCAAAUAUUAUAGAUUAAAGACUAGCCUAAAACAAUUCCCUUUUAACCACUUUCUUUCUGUUUCGUUAUCGCUCUCAUGACCUCUCCCAUUGGUUUCACGUUACAAAACACCGAGGUAUCAGCAUAGUGUAUAAACAAUGGAAUUUACAUAAUGCUUGUAAAUCUAAGCGACGAUCGUUAAGUUGUUUACUUUGCUGCCACACGGCUAGAAAUCAAGUCCCUCAUUCCGUAAUGCUAAUUUGUAUUUCACACACAGUUCACGGUUGGACGUGCGAAAAGGUGGCGACCGUCCAGUUUCAUCUAUGGAGGACACUUUAUUUUUGAUUGAAUGGCUGAUUUUGUGACUCGUAGAACGAUAAUAAACGGUAUCACAAGUUUUGUUAUUGGGAAAACUAAUCUGACAAACGGACUAAUGAAGUCAAGACAUCGAAGUACUGGGCGCUUUUGUGGUGUGAGACUGCUUUAAGUUGGCGGCCUUGCAGUUUUUACCCCACGGUAAAACUAGUGACAAACGGACUGAUGAAGUCAAUACAACGCGUAGGCCUACUACAUAUUGUGACCACUUGAGACUUUCUUGAAGUUUAUGUCCUUGCAUAAUGUACCUCAACACAACCUUUUGAUGGGCAAAUCGAGUAAGUUAGUGUGGAAUUGCUAGACUUUUAUUGUUGAAAUGGCACCGUCAUUUUGAAAUCGCUGAUCCACACAGAAGGCCUUUACGGAGAACAGUGUUGAUUGGAGUUAUACAAUCUUAAAUUUUGCAUACCUGGAAAGGAUAUCGACUACUUGAUUGGCCAAGUGGUUUCAUGGCCGCCUGCAAACUAACUCAUUGACAACUUUAAGGAGUUUUGAAGAAGUAUCGAAAUUGGAUGAAUUGAGAGGCUCUUUGUUAACGACCAUUUACUUCAAUAUGGAAUCCAACACAGUUACAUCAUGGGACGUGUUCCUGUGCGUUCUCUUUGGUCUAAUGGCGUUCUGUAUUAUCUCAGGCAACAUCUUCUGUCUAGUCGUACUUCGAGGCGUUAACAGCGUACACCAGUCCACUAAGGUCAUGAUGGCAUCUCUCUCUGUGGCCGAUCUCUGCUUCGGAGUCUUCGUGGUCUUGCCUGUAAUCGGCACUGUGGCAGUAGGCACCAUGCCAUAUGGUAUGACCUUCUGUACCAUCUUCGCAUUUGCAGGGGUUUUCUUCCCACGUGCUGGGAUUGCCUGUAUCUUGGUCAUCAACGUAGAUCGUUUCAUAGCCAUCUCAAGACCACUACACUACUUUAAGAUCGUCAACACACGUAGAGCAGUGUUCGCCGUAGUCAUAGCGUGGUCCAUCGCCCUCUCACUGACGUGUUUGUUGGCGUUUCUACCAGGAAGCGAUACAGUAUACCAUGGUCAGUUCCACAUGUGUUUCUUCACCAGGGCGGUAUCCUCAAAAAGCUCCAGUACGUACCUUGUGGGCGUCAUUCUGAUCGUGGUCAGCAUAGCUCUCCCGAUUCUGGUCAGCACAGUGUUGUAUGCGCUUAUCUGUAGGAUAGCUCGCAGGCAUACCGAAAGGAUGACAGUCUCAGGUGGUGGGUGUGUCAUUGUUACCUUGGAAUCACUCUCGACUUCAGACACGGGAAGCAACAAGGGCUCCACCAACCGACCUUCGAUCAAAUCAAAUACCAAAGCGGCUAAAACUUUCUUCAUCGUGACAGCUGGGUUUGUGGUCGCCUGGUUGCCCUUCUUGAUCAUACUCAUGUAUGAAGGGUUGGAGAAUACCGUCGUUCCCCGUUGGUUAGCAGACCUGGCACUGAUAGCCGUCUUCUCAAGCAGCUGGUGGAAUGUCGUCAUCUUCUACGUCAGAAAUGCUGGGUUUCGCAAGAGGGCAAUGCAGUUGUUACGUUUACGGCGUGGUUGAGUGUGAUGAGGGGCGGCCGGUUCACUCACGAACUAGGGAUGGUUUGCUUUUUGUGAAAUCUUAACUUUAUAAGUGAAUUCUAAACUUUUGCUGUUUCCUUUAAAAUAAAAAUGUUGAUGAUAGGCUAUAGGCCUAUACUUGUGUUUUUGUCGAUUAUAAUGCUUCAAUAUAAGUCUUUUCCUAAGUACAGUUCAAUAUACGCAAGCAAAAUAAUUAUAUAGUAGUUUAAUCGGGAAUCAUCAAUACUCCACCGUUUGGUUAACUGAGAGAAAUAAUACCUAGUAUGUAAAUCUGCAUCUUUGAUUUACGUUCAGAGAUGCUAUGGUGUAUUAUUUUUGUAGCACAUGGCCAAUAUUGGUAACUUAGAUUUUAGAUGUACCUCCUCACGACCGCCAUACCGUGUCAAUCUACUUGUUGUACUUACUUCGAUUCAAAAUUAUUUUCCUCAAACCCACAUGGGGAGUUGGUUGUUUCAUUGCUAAUGCGAUUUUUUUAACAGGACUUUUGUCUUCUUCAAAACAGUUUUUAAGUUUUCCACAUAAAAAUUAAUGAGACUAUCAUGAAUAAUAAUAUACUUUUGUAUGUGCGUAUACGACCGUCAAACGUGUAUUUAAUUAGAGGGCAAGAACUUAACUGAUUUAUAAAGGAGCACUUGGCAGCUGAGCCCAUUUUGCGAAAACCAAACUAAGCAAGUAAAAGAUUAUGAAGAUUUUGGAGUUAAAGUCAUUAUCUCACAGCAUGCCAAUUAUUGGAAAGUGUAAUGAUUCUGGUCACCCGGCUGACAGCUGCUACCAACGGCAGUAGAACACGUGUUAAAAAGACCGGGGAACGGCAACGGUCAUGCAGUGGGUUGUUAAUUUAUAUCACCCAACUGGGCCAAUUUCAUAAAGCUGUGAAGCAGAAAAUACUGCUGAACAAAUUUCUUUGCUAA